AGUAGUCGAGCUGAAGUAAGGUUUCCAGUCAAUAUUGGUAUCACUGGUCACGUUGCAACUACAGGACAGGUAUUCAUGUGAUUGCAUUCAUUUGACGUUUAGAUCUUUCCCUCAGCUAGGAUUUUUUUACCAUUUUAUAUUCAGCUAAUAUGUUACGCUAUCUUAUAGCCGAUUUCAGAACACACAAGUCUCAUUCGCGUAAAACGUUCCAAGGGGGCCCUUAUGACGUCAUAAUUGUAAAACAGGAGAAGUACGCUUUAUAGCAUUUGCAUAUUGUUCGGCACUAACACAGCUAGGAUUUAUAUUCUUUAAGUAUUUUUGUAUCAAGAAAUUUUAAGGCCCUCGUUGCUUUUGGGGCCCCUAAUUAAUUUGAGCUGGGCCCUGGCCGGGGCGCUUCCCCCUGUCCCCAAUCUCUGCGGGCCUGCCCAUAUAUAGUAAUAUACUUCAUGUAAACUAUUAUACAGCGCCUGGGUGCGAGGCACCCCAAUUAAGGUUUAGUUGGAGUUUACAACAGCCACAAUCUGAAGCAGAAAAGAUAUACUUGUAGCAAACGCUUUCGUCAGGGGAGUAUAUAGUUAAGCCCAAUUAAUAUAUUGACGUUAAAUGCUGUCACGUGGACAAGUGAAUCUUAAGUCUUUAUCCAUAAUUCCGAACAGCCUCAUCUCUUAUCUUCAGUUUUAACAGUUCUAAAUACCAGAACAACAUGCAGUGUAUAAUUCUGUAACUCAAAUCAAAUAGCUAAACAAGCUUACAGUUGAUUUCACAUAACUUUUCCGUGAAUGUUGCGAACUUCGUUGUGAAGUUCAAAAGUUCAUACUGAAAUUCUCAAGUCUGUUUGUAAACAAAGCCUCUGAUUGGUCCCUUAACAAAAAUAGAGGCUUUGUUUACAAUUAGAGGCUUUGUUUACAAACCGACUUGUGAAUUUCAGUAUGAACUUUUGAACUUCACAACGAAGUUCGGAACGAAGUUCGCAACAUUCACGGAAAAGUUAUGUGAAAUCAGCUGUAAACGGUAAACAAAGCCCGUUCCAAAAUCAUAAUCAUCAGUUCUCCUUUCGUUCACACUUUUGUUCAAAUCAGUCCAAAGUUUAGUCCUAUAGUCCCUCGACCACCUGUGAAAACGUACCUUAGGUCACAGCCUUGUACAGACGGCAAUUUUUCCUUGACACGUUGUGUUUGCUUGUGUAUAUAUGGCAAUUUUUCUUUGCCAAGGAGCCUUGUUCGAAAGCCAGUCAUGGAAAAUUGGACAAGGAAAAUUUGUUCGUGUGUACGGCCGCCAAGGAAAACAAGUGUACCAAAAAAAUACUUCUAUGGUUUUGGCAAACAAAAUGCAGCGUUGACGUGAGAUAAAUCUUCAACAACAUUCUGUGUACGCGUGCAACAAAACGUGUGAAGGAAAACUUGUCAAGGAAAAUUUGUUGACUGUACACAUGAGAAAGUAAAAAUGUCAAGGAAAGUUAUCAAGAAAAACGUCUGUAUAAUACAAUGCUUAUAACACCGCAUACAAAUGUCAAGCGCGUGUGCAAGUAUACGGAAUUGGCGGGGGAAUGACUGCCAAAUAAUAGGAGUAAAUAGGGGAAAAGAAAGCGUUUACUGUAAGGAAACGGCUAAGGGUAUAAGGUAGGGAAUUUCACCGUUUUUCCUUGUGACAAAAAUAAGUUAUAUUGAAUUUCCACUCUCGUAAUUUUCUUUACACUUUUUGAGCUUGGUGAAGACAAUACUAUUUCCAGUGUUUCGAGUGCAUGUAGUCGAUACGUGGACGUUUGACCGUUCUAGGUUGCCAUUUAGAACGGCUUAUGCUGUGCUAAUAAGUAUAUCGAUACAUCACAGAUGGAAAACCACUUUUCUAUCUCAGCAUCAUGUGUGAAUGCCACAAGACGUAAUAAUAUUUAUCUACACACACAAGAACAGAAUGUGAUCAUCAAUCAUUAAUUUGUACAUAAUUGUCUUAUCUAAUGGUAAAUUGAAUUGCUUUGCAAAAUCUGCAUUUAUUUUUAGACCUUGAACAUUCCAGAUGCUUAUGCCGACCCGCGCUUUGAUCCAGACGUAAGUAAUUUUCAAUGUUACAUACGUUUGAAUGCAUGGAUUGUUAUGACUUUGUAACAUGUUAAUUUGUUGUCAUAUGGCAUUCUAAUUUAGAAUGUUCCGCAUCAUUAAAUUACUACACUAAUUAACGUCAUAUCGUCAAUAACAUUAAUAUUAAAUAUUUUCAUGUUGUGUGCGCGCUUAUGGACGGAAAUAGAUUUAUAUUCGCAUGUGGCCGAGGAAAAUUAAGGUUUAAUUUCACGCGUGUUUUCAAAGUUUCACAAAUUUGUGAAACUUUGAAAACACAAGUGAAAUUAAACCUUAAUUUUACGAGGAACUCAAGCGAUUACUUGUUAAGCUGGAGUAAAGGCGGUUUUCCAGUCCUCGCACGAACCUCCUCGCAGCUCGCUGCGAGUGCUUGAAUCUAAUUAAAAUUAACUGUUUAGCAUUGUGAUUGGAUGAAAGUGUUCAUGCAUCACUCGCAGCGAGCUGCGAGGAGCUUCGUGCGAGGACUGGAAAUCCGCCUUAAUACGAGAUACACGUGUUGCUGCAACUUGCAACAAAAUCUGCAAAAUUGCUGCAACUUGCAACAAAAUCUGAAAAUGUUUACACAUAAAUUACAAAUCACGAGGCAACACGUGUCAACAUUUCUACUUAACAUGCGUUGAAAUCAGAUUUUGUUGCAAGUUGCAGCAAUUUUCAAUCCACCUUUAAUCAUAGGGGCAAAAUUUAUUCGUAAGUUAAUUGUGAACUUGUCAAGUUCUCGAACCACGUAUGUCUCCAUGUCUUCGCCGAUGUUCCUGGCUUAAUGCUGCCCAUUUCUUAAAUACUCCAACCCAUAAAUUUGUACUUUUUCCAGUGUUGUUAAUUCUUCAACAACAUCAUUAUCCCCAAUGAGAAAGCAAGAAGCCAUUGUUUUUAUUGCUAAUUAAAACAAGAAACUUCCCGCGCUUGCAUCUCAGCCAAUCAGGCACAAAUAAUUUUCCCCUGAAUUAACAAAAAAUGCCCUCAUCAUUAGCCAAUCACAUUUGAGUAAUUUUGCUCUCUAUAUGAUUAAACAUAACAUCGUAUAUGUGCAUGUCAACGUUUUUGAAGCUCGCUACCAUCUGCUGCAGCCGGUAAUGUCUGAUGAAACCUGCAUCAUUAUUGUCCUUGAGAAUCGAUCAGACUACGGUAAUGUACAAUUCAUGACAAGAGUGAAUAUUUUCCCUUUAUACUACAGGUUGACGAAACAUCAGGAUUUAAAACGAAGACCGUACUGUGUAUGCCUAUUCAUAACAGCACUGGAGAGAUACUAGGAGUUGUUCAACUGCUAAAUAAAAUGGAUAACACGCCGUUCAACGCUAAUGAUGAAAACCUGUUUCAGGUGAAUAGAAAGCAAUAAGCUACCGUUAAUUUAGAAUCUGGACUUCCAGCGAAAAGACCUUCGUUAAGAGAUCAGUAGCAUUCGGGUUUUAUUUUUCCAGGUAGUUUAGAUUACCAUCCACGCGGCAACUUACUGUGAAACACUAUCUUCCAUGGAUAUGGCCGUUCGUGAACGUUUACGGGGCCGUCAUGGGAUUUCCGUACUCUUAAACUUCUAGGACAAUCAUUCCUGAAGUUAAAUAGAAACGUUUAUCGGCUUUACAGGGGUUAAAAAAUGCUUCAGAAAUUCGUAGGAGGUCGUACGUUCACGUAUAUUUCAUCGAUGUUGACCUAAGAUUUUCUAAACAAGGAAUAAAAGUGUUUCGCGAGCAAUUAUACCAAGUUUUCAAAAUCAAAUGAUGAGUCUUAAUGCAAGUAGCAAAUUUUAUAUAUGCAAAGCAAAACCACAGCAAAAAAACUGAAAACAUGUCAGACACUAUUAUUGUAAGGGGGAUGAUUACUUGACAGUAAUAUAUAUAUUUCAACGUCACAAGGAUCAUAUAUAUUUCAGUUAGUUUUUAAUUGGGGCACAGCGCAAAUUGCCCUCUUUGCCCCACCCCUAAUUUGGAUGCUCCUGGAAAUAGAUCCCCAUGUGUUUUAUAAUAUAUUACAAUACCCAGGGAUUUUGUACAUGUAUACGGCUGGAUAGUAAAUUUAUUUUCUGUGUUGUUUUUGAAGGCUUUCGCGAUAUUUUGUGGAAUGGCUAUACAUAAUACAUCCGUGUAUGAAGAUGUACAGAAGGCAAUGGCAAAACAAAGAGUUGCUUUUGAAGUAAGACUUUAUACUUUCUGGAUAUGUGUGCAUGUUGUGUAUAAUUAAAAUGACGAUAAUCGACAUGUUCGAUCACGAUUGUUAUCUAUUUACCUGAUUUCCUCUGAAUUUUAUUAAAUGGCAUUUCGUUUUUAGAUCUUGUCUUAUCAUGCAACAGCGUCGCCAGAAGAAACGACAAAACUAAUGGUAAGUUUUGUAUUGUCUAAUGAACUUUUUCAAAUUUUCAUAAUAGUUGUCAUGAUAGUGGCAUUUACACUUUUACAGUAAAAGUGACUUCUACCUGAUCCUUAAAAGUGACCUCUACACUACGCCGGAGCGAAAUAAUGAUUCUUCAAAAAAAGCCUAAGGCUCCUUCAUUUUGAGACCAUGUCCGAUUUUUUAUUUUCAUUUCGGGGCAACGUACAAGCAAUUCUUGUCUGUACGCGUGGAAUAACGUGGUAUUAGUAAGCUGAAAACCUCAAUUGCCCACCAAGAAUUAAUUCUUCACGCGCCUAAGCAUUUUCACUGAACAAAUAUUUAAAAGCAUUAAUUGUUUGCCCAUAUAUAGGACGUGGAGAAAUGCGUAAAGCAAAACAUUUAAGUGAACGCCGCCAAUAUAGAACGCCUUCGAGAACCAUUUAAUUGACAAGAGUUUCGUUUGAUCAUUUAGAUCAGUUUAAUUUUUAACAUAUUUAAAAAAAUGACUCGCCGAACCAACAUUAAGGGUUUGAAACAAUGCAAAAGUUUGAGUAAUAAAACGAUGGAUCAACGUGGUGACCAGUUUCUGGUCCAGUACCGAAACCAACCUCACCUGGUCACGUGAUGUGCUAAAAUAUAGCAGAUUUCUAAUGAACUAUCUUGAACUCCUUUACGACAAUCAUACAAAAUGCAAAUUAUAAAGUCAACUGUAAAAAUUAUCCAAAUAUCAAAUAUUUAUUGACCUCAUCUUAGAUUGCUAAUUAAAAAUCUGCUAGAUUUUAGCAGAUCACGUGACCAGCGUCAUACCAGGGUCUUUUCUCCCCUCGCCUAGAAACCCUGGGUACGAGGUUGUACCGAAACUCUAACGGGUUAGUUGUAUGCAGGUAAAUGCUCUACAUUUUGGGCUCGCCUGUCAAAAAAAACAAAAAAAAAACGCAAAGGUUUCUAAAAUCUUUCCAAUGUUGUUUUGUAGUAUUAAUACCCAUUUCAUUUUUUUUCUUGUUUUACAGAAAAUGGAAGAUUCUCCAAAAAUUUCAAGAAGUUUGUUGGACUUUGGUUUUGAUGAUGAUACAUUGGAUGAGUUGAGCACUUGUUACGCAACCUUGAAUAUGUUUUAUGAACUCGAUCUGCAUUCUCGUUUUGCUAUUGAGAAAGAUGUAAGUUAACUUUUCUCAAAAUUGAUAUCAAUUACUCAGUAAAAACAAAUUUUUAAAGUCAUUGACGUACCUAUACUUUUGUCGCAGGGAAACGUUGUAUUAGCGUACUUGAAAAGUCCGAGCGCAACGAUAUUGCAUAUUUGCCAAGACUGAUGUAUUAAUUUAAAAAUGGUUCGAUAUAUAAUCCAUACGUGGAUCAGGAAUGCCUCAAAUCGUGGGAUUCCGCACAAACACGCGAGGUUUUGCUAUUCCACUCGGGAUUUUCCAUUUAACAAAUUGCUCAGUUUAAAAAUUUUGCGCGAACCGCCUUCUCGCGUGCAUGCGCGAUGGUGCGGUAAAAUCACACGAUUUGCAGGAUUCCCUGAUCCAUGUAUUGCCAUUGUCAGCAGUUCCAAAUACCAUAAAAGACUGCACUUCUGCCGUGUACGUUUGACAGUGGGCUUUUCGAGACUGGGAGGGCAAUGGAACAUUUUGGCAAAUGGGUUGUGAAUAGCACUAUUGUUAGUCUGUACCAGUCCUGUGUUUGUAAAUAAAUAGUCCAUAAUACAAUAAGCUGGUCUGCAAUCUUACAGUCGCUGACAAUGUAUCUCACGUGAUAUUUCGCAUUAUUCAUGUUUUGAACUCUAGUGAAAGGUACAAUGUAUUGUUCCAAAAAUUCCUAUAUGAGCCCACAAAAAUCCUAUUGUAAAAUUUGCAUGUUUAUUGGAUUAGAUGCAUCUGAAUACUCUGAAACGUUUUUGUUUAUUUUAAUGUCGUUAGGUUCUGUGUCGUUGGAUAAUGUCAGUUAAGAAAAAUUAUCGUCAAGUUACGUACCAUAACUGGCGUCAUGCUUUCAAUGUAGGACAAACAAUGUUUGCUAUAAUAAAGGUAACUAGCUAGACUACAGUCAGAAAAUGGAUCCAAUAUCCGUUGAUAGUGUUGCCUCGACCCUAAGAGGCCUAAAAGCAUGUAAAGCAACAGGUCUUGAUAAAAUUCCUGCUAAAAUUCUAAAAUUAUCUGCAAACAUAAUUGCACCCUCGUUGACAUUCAUCUUCAAUCUGUCGCUUGCAACGGGCGUAUAUAUAGAUGAAUGGAAGCGUGCUCGUGUUACGCCAAUAUUUAAAUCCGGGGAUAAAAGACAAUGUGAGAACUAUCGGCCUAUUUCAAUUUUACCGGUGGUGAGUAAAGCCUUUGAGAAGGAAGUUUUCCGUCAAGUAUAUAGAUACUUGUCUGAAAGCUCUCUUCUGUCAAAGUUUCAAUCUGGAUUUCGUCCAAAGCAUUCAACUGUAACUGCCCUCAUCCAAAUGUGUGAUGAGUGGCUAGAAAAUAUGGACAAUGGAAAGUUAAAUGGGGUUGUGUUCAUAGAUAUCAAAAAGGCAUUUGACUCUAUAAACCAUCGCAUUUUGUUAAAUAAAAUGAAUGAGCAAUUUGGAAUUUUCGGCGUAGAAUUAAAAUGGUUUGAGUCAUAUUUAACAAAUAGAGAACAGCAAUGUAAUGUUAAUGGAGAAUUAUCUAGUAAUAAAAUUAUCACCUGUGGAGUGCCCCAGGGAUCUAUACUGGGACCACUGCUGUUCCUAUUAUAUAUUAAUGAUUUGCCCGAUUGUUUGAAAUCAACUAAUCCAUGCAUGUACGCGGAUGAUACUCAAAUCUUUUCAUCUUCCUACGAUGCAAAUGAACUUGUUGUAAAUUUAAAUUCAGAUCUUGCCCAUGUCUGUAACUGGCUUAAAGAAAAUAGGCUGCAGAUGCAUCCAUCAAAAUGUAAAAUGAUGUUUAUUGGCUCCCCGUAUAAUCUUAAUAAUAUAAUGUGUGAGGAACCCGUUGUGGCUAAUGCAAAACCCAUAUCACGAAUUGCUACACAAAUGUGCCUAGGAGUAAAACUAGAUGAAACCCUUAAUUGGGAUAGUCACAUUGAAAUGAUAUGCAAGAAGGCGAGCGCUGCUAUUGGCGCUAUGAAACGUAUAAAGCCCUUUGUUCCAAUGCAUACCUUAGAAUCGAUUUAUAAAAGUCUUGUGCAGCCCUACUUUGAUUAUUGUUCCCCCCUUUGGGACACUUGUGGUAAGUUGCUAAGAGACAAGUUGCAAAGAUUUCAGUCUCGUGCAGCAAGAGUCCUAACGGGUGCUAAUUAUGAUACUCGCUCAGCUGAUCUUCUCAACAUGCUUUCUUGGGAUACACUUGAAAAUAGGCGGUCUGGUGCAAAGUCAGUAUUAAUGUAUAAAAUACUUAACGACCACACUGCGCCAGGUCUCCGGGGGUCAUUCGUGAGAAGAGAAAUAGAUCAAACUAAUUAUCAUCUUCGAAACACAGCAACUGAUCUAACAAUUCCUAAACCGAAACGAGAAUUUCUUAAAAAAAGUUUUAAAUAUAGCGGCGCUAUGCUCUGGAAUCAACUCCCAAACGAAGCAAAAUUGGCCGAGUCGCCUCAUUCGUUUAAAUCAAUUGUUGGACAGCGACAUGCUUCCUAAUUAUUUGUAUAUAGUAACGUGUACAGUAUGUGUGUACUAAUAUUUAGUUUAAAUUUUCCUUUUAAUGAUUUUUAAGAUCUAAACACGCCCCCCAUGGAAACCAGCCUAGAGUUGAUGGGGCUAGCGUGUUCUUCUUUCUGUUAAUUUUAAAUAAAGUAUUACCUACCUACCUACCCAGAACUGGUAUAGGGGUAUAUGUUGCUGGUAUAUGUUGCUAUCUCUCUUUGUCUCUGCUUUUGUAAUUUUUGCAAAUUAUAAAAGUGGAUUUGAUAAGGAAUUUGCACCCCCUCCCAUCUUGCCAAGUCCAGGAGGGUAAACCCCCACCCCACCCCCAUAAAUUCAUCCAUUUACUAUGAUAUAUAUAUAUUAUACUUCACGAGUUCAAUUGUAAUGUCAAAACUGGACUUUUGUAGUGAAAUUGUGAACAAACGUCAAGAUUACUGACAUCUUACAGAAGUCUAAUAAGCAUCCUAGAUGAACACUUUCAAAAGUUUCGAAAUCGACGGACACACAACUUACAGUAUUUAAUCGUGUGAGGUCCCAUGUAGGUAGCAAUGAAAAUAAUCUUCAUGGUUUGCAGGAUAGAACUACCUCCGGCCGGUUGUACAGUUAGAUAUAGUAUAUAACCACAGUUAGUGUUAAACAACUGAUCUGUGAAACAUCGAAGCUCGUGUUAUAGUUUUUCAGCAAUCCUUCCAGAUAGUUCUCGUCGUGUAGUACGUAUUAUACGAAAAGCAAAGUGACUUGAAUUGCGUAUGUGUUAUAUACUUACAUAUGCUUGUUUUCUUUUCUCUAGAACAGUGCUGUUCGUUGUUAUUUUUCCGAUAUUGAGCGAUUGGCAUUGUUAGUCGCUUGUCUUUGUCACGAUUUGGAUCAUCGUGGAACUAGUAAUUCAUUUCAAGUUAAGUAAGUAUGCAAAGAGUUCUGAUUUCUAAGUCAUCGUACUGUGGCGAAAAUUUCAGAAAUUUUGAUUCUGCCAGUUUCAGAAAUGAUGUGCGUUUGUUCGAAAUCCGUCCACAGUCUUUUCUUGUAUCUAUCUAGGCUAAGCAAAUCUAAAGCAACUGUUUAGAUAAAAUGACUGCUAGGCUGCUUCCUGAAUGCCCUGACUUGAUUGCAGGAUCCCUUUACCAUUCCGAAGUUGAAAAGUGAGCUGGGGACGAGUGUUAAAAAGUGCCCAAAUUCAGAAAUGAACCAAAUCACGUCAAAAGACCACCUCAAAAUUAGUAAGUAUACAAAGUUUGAAGACGUGUACAUGAAUACCCAUCGAAUAAUAGGCUUUCGAAAAUUGUGAAAUUACUGACUAUAAAAGUUUUUUUGGGAUGCGCGUCCCCAAAAACAAAAAAUUACAGUACAUUUCAUAGUAAAUAUCGCGAUUUUCGAAAGCUUAUUAUUCGAAGGGUAUUCAUGUAAAUGUCUUCAAACUUUGCAUACUCACUAAUUUUGAGGUGGUCUUUUUAUGAUUUGCUUCAUUUCGUAAUUUGGGCACUUUUUAAUAUUCGUCCCCAGUCCUCUCAUCAACUUCGGAAUGGCUAAUUAAUACGCGGGCAUAAUACGUGACGAUAAGAAGACUAGGUAAAAUUUUAUUUAACUUAAAACUUUAUUUAUACUGCUGCGGAUUGAGCAAUACCGAUACCCUUGCCUUCGCUCGAAACUUUUUGUUUUUGAGGUAGUUGUAUAAGUUGUAUCUCAGAACUUCUCAAUCCACAACGUAACGAACUUAAUAACUACUGGCCCAUCUCAAUUAUUAUAAAAUAACAUGUAUAUAACGCGUGCUCUGAUUGGUCGAAACCUGUGUUUGAAUCAGGCCAUCCAAACAUGGAAAUUCAAAGUGAAAGUUUUUAAAGUGAAAUUUUAACACGGAAAGUUGUUAUUUUAUAAAACAAUUACUUUAUGGUUUCCAUGUUUGGAUGGCCUGAUCCAAACACGGAAACCAUAAAGUAAUUGUAUAUUCCAAUAUAGUGGUAAACGUUUUUGAGAGGAUAAUUUGUGACCAAAUUAAUGUUUUUCGUAUCGACAACAAAUUACUUCUCACUAGUCAAUGGAGUCCGAAGCCUUCAUUCCGCAAUCAUCGCUUUUUGAGGCGACUAAUGACUGGGCAUGUAAUAUACACGUCUGCUCCCAAGGGAAAUACUUUUGUUUUCCCAAGAGCGAGUUUCUGUGUUUCCCGAGAGGACGUCGAGGGAAGCAUUGAGAUUCGAAGAAGGCGUUUGACAUUGUGGAAUUAGAAAUGUUGCGGGUAAUUGAUUUAAUUUGUUUUGUUCCGUUCAUUAACCUGUGGUGUUCCACAGGGGACUAUUUUAGGACCACUGCUGUUUGUAAUCAAUAUAAAUGACUUACCCAAUGCCUCGAGCAUUCGCAGCCACGCAUGCAUGCAGAUGAUAAUCAUUUAACAUUCGCAGCCAAUAUUAAAUGUUCAUGAUAUCGAUCAGAACCUUAAUCAAGAUCUUGUGAAUGUUAAUGAAUGGCUUAUCGCAAAUAAGCUUAAUCCAUCAAAGACAGAAUGAAUGUUAAUUGGAUCUGGCCAAAGAUACGUUUAACUCGUCUUCUUCUCUAGCAAUCGAUGGGAUCCUAUUAAUCAUGGUUUCCCAUACAAAGUCUCUUGGCGUAAAUAUGGAAGAAAACCUCUCUUGAAAAAUUAAUAAGAUAUAUAAAAAGAUUGCUUCAGGCAUUGGAGUUCUAAACCGCACGAGAUUUUUGUCCCUGGCAAUGCGCUACAGUGUGUUUGAUUCGUUAGUUCAACCUCAUUUUGAUUACUGUUGCGUCGUUUGGGAUAACUACAAAAAAACUGUGAAUGGGUUAGCUCCUGACUAUUUGCGACCCACAACUACUUCGUGCUAGCAGAAUCUUUUGUUUUAGGGCUGCAUGACGCGCUACCAGUAUAUGACAUUUUACCAUUGGUAAAGUUAUAUUAUCUGACAAUAAACGUGAUUAACCAAUGGAUCGAUCCGUAUCAACUAUAAGACGGAUUUGUCAAUGGGAUACACUGUAAAAACAGUUUGGUUAAAUUAACCAAUUUGAAUUGCAUGCAUGGUUGUGUCUCAGAUGGACUUAUAUGACUAGUGUUUUGUUGGUUAAAACAACAAAAAAUUGGGUUUUAACCAAUUUUUCGGGUUUUUUGACCAAAUAAGAUUUGUCCAAAGAUUUGUACCGACCAUCAGUAUAAUUGGACGUAAACAAUGAAGAGGUUCAGAUUUUGACUUCCAACUACCGCUGCCGUUACCAUUAAGCAAUGAAAUGCGUAUUAAGCCUAUGAGAGGUAACAGUAGUGAGAGGUCAUAUAUGAACCUCUCCAAUAGAUUAAACAAUACGGCGGUAUUAAACUUUAAUCUGUUUUUAUUAGAAUGCAGAAAAUAUUAACGCAUUAGGAAAUUUAAUAAAUUCAAACUUUAAAAAUUAAAAUCACAAAGUUCCUUCUACUUCCGACGUAUACACUCCCUCAAUAAAGGUCGGUUUUGGAGGGGAACUUUAAGCGUAUAACUUUGCUAAUGUCAAAGAUGUGAUGAUUCAGUUAUAGCCAGGGAUUAGAUUUUGUGUUAUUCUUACUUAUUUUAAAAUAUUUUUCUUAAUUCUUGUUUUCAGAAUUGACUCUCCAUUGGCCCGUCUCUAUAGUACGUCAACAAUGGAACAUCAUCAUUUUGAUCAUUGUACCAUGAUUUUGCAUAGUCAGGCAAGUUGUCUAAAACUAAUUUCGGUCCGCGUUUUGAACGAUAAUUUAUGUCGUUAUAUCAUCGUAGUUCUGAGCUAACUAUAAUAACACAUGUAACUUUAGUGGAUGUCCCAUUUUAACUGAAUUUAAAAUUGAGGUUUUGUUCAUGAUGAACACAAGUUUGAUAAUUAAGGAUUGGAGUCUUGGCCAAACACCCUUAUUACCUGCAUGUCCAUCCCGUUACUAUACCAUGUAAAAACAUUGUGCAUGGUUAAAUCCUGUCGAAAUAGGUCAAUAUGGCUACCGCUUUGCACAAAAUUCGACCUCGUGCCCUGGAUUGCCCCCCACUACGGUUCGAAUAACAUGGCGUAGUACGCGAGGGAGGGCAAAAAGUAGAGACAUCAAUUUGAACUCGGAAUUAUAAUAGCCAUGAUAUUAUGUUCGUUUACCUCCAAUGUUCAUAAGUAUCUCCUUAUAUAUAGUAUAAGGGCUUCGGUACAUGGCGCCGUCAGAAUAACCUGACGGAGGUAAUAGGAUAUCUAUAUUGACUAUAACGCCAUUAAUAGCUGUUAUCGUAAUUGAAUACGCCGCUGCGGCAUACCAGCGGUAUCUCAGUGGAAGUACGCACGAAAACGAGGCUAAAGGGUAAAAAAACACAAAACAUGACCCUAUAGCCUCGUCUCGAUGUUAAAAUAAUGCAGAUACCGCUGGUCCGUAGCAUAGACGUAUUCAAUUACGAUAACAGCUAUUGUCCUUUAUCUUUCAACCAAGUUAUUGUCAUGGUCUUUUAUUGUUAAUAGGGCAAUGAAAUUUUCGGCGGAUUAACUACGAAUGAAUAUGAAGCCGCGUACACGAUGUUAGAACUUUGUAUAUUAGCCACAGAUUUAGCUUUAUAUUUUAAGUAAGUAUCUUUAAAUAUGCUUUUAUUCAUGUUAUUAUCCUAAAUUAAUAACAUUGCUUUACAUAACCAGUUUUUAGAAGGCAACAUAUUUUGGUUAGGCCUAUAUAUGCUUACACAUGGGCGUACCGGAAGGAAAAAAUUAGGGGGGCGGAAAGAAAUUUGCCCGACUUUUCGGGAUUGUGCCCGACUAGUACCGAAAAAAUUUUUGUCCGGAAAAAAAAUUUGUUCUAAUUAUAUUUUAGCUGCAAGCAAUUAGUUUUAUAAUUGGAAUUAACAUAUACUCAUGAGGUUGAUAGUAUAUUUUGAUUGGCUCAACUCCGGGUGUUCUUGUACUAUUCACCUCAUACCCACUACUCACCCCAAACCAAAAUACCCUCCCAUUUUGUUCCGGUUAUAGACGAGCAAAUCUUUUUUUACUAAAAGCGAAGCUGCGGUUCCGUCAAACACGACAAAAGCUACAUAGUUUUGUUUAACAAUGUUGAGGUAUUCUUUAAAGCUAUUUCUAAUGAAUAAAAUUACUAAAAGCUUGCAAGUUUUGUUUUGAAUUUCGGGAGCUGCCGCGCUGUAAUACAAAUUUUUAAAAAAAUAUUUUCGAUGUUUUUUGUUGUCAUUUUUGUUUUGUAAUGAUUUAUGCUAAAAUAUCCUUGCACGAUUCAUCUCCACUUCAGUGAAUAAUUGUCAAGUAUUAAUUCGCAUUUCUUAAUAUUUCUCACAGAAAUAGGAAUACAUUUUUUGAAUUGACAAAGAGCAGUACGACGGAUUGGCACGAGAAGGAGAAUCAACAUUUAUUGAGGUAACUAUUUUUGUAAUGUAUAUAUCGUGGUCAUAUCAGGGAAUGUUGCAAAGAUAACAAGCAACGGACAUCCGCAUAACGGGCCAGUGUUGUUACGAGAGCAGGUAGUCGAAGUACCCAGAAAAACCUACAGCGUCUGAGUCGGGUGAAAUAAUUAUCAAACAACCAAUGACACUAACCCCUGUUGCAUCAAUAGCUGGGUUUAUAUUCAAAUUGUUCAGCAUGCGCUUUUGUGGUUACUUGAGUGUGGGACAGUUAAACAAUGGGAUAUGACCAGCCUGCUUUGCGCGCACUGUUUGGCUGCGAAUCGCGUCUUUCAGAACCGGAAAUCGGGUUGGAGCACGCGCUCGUUCUUUUGAUUUGGCAAAAGAAGCACGACAAAUGGCAAAAUUCGCACGGUGCCCGUUUGCAAAAUCAACUGCAAACUGCUCUUAAUUCAUUCUGCCACUUUCAUUUGAUCUCAUCCGUAAGUCGGCCACAACCGCCUUUGAUUACUGUUUAGUGCGAUGAUGAUGACCGCCUGUGAUGUGUCAGCCAUCUCUAAACCAUGGGCAGUCCAAAGAAGGGUGAGAUACUAAUUUUAUAAAGUUCUUCUUUACAACACAGCUCUAGAAAUGGAAAACUACUAUCACAUAAAGGGUUCAGCGUCUGGUUCAUAUGAUCCGUGUGUUUGGCAAAAUUCCAGAAAAUCUCGUAUUCAUCAGUAAUUUUUUAUUACCAAAACCGCGGAUCCUUCCACUCGCCCAAAAAUGCGUUACAUGUUUUUGUGUCAAAACACUCAGGAAUGCGACUCAUUCUCGUACCAGAGCCCUUCUUACGCGCGGUGCGACGAGGGGCUCUGGCCAAAUCCAUAUUCCGAACUGGCAUCUGAUUGGCUAGUUCUAACACCGGACAUUGUUUUCUUACCAUGUUUUUAUGGUAUCUGGUUAUGGAUUUGGCCAGAGCCCCUCGUCGCACCGCGCGUAAGAAGGGCUCUGGGUACGAGAAUGGAAUGCGACUACAUUACGCCAGUUACUGCUAAACUGUUAAUACCUUAUUUUAAAACAAAUUUCCACAGUCUAAUCAGAUGUUGAGAUUUUGUUGGCAUCUCACUAGAUGUAGAUGGAAAUUGUCGAGUAUGGAAAUUGUCGAGUGGAAAUUUAUAUACAUUUAUUGGACCUAACCAGAAACAACUUUAGGUCCAUGGCAGGAAUCAAACCUGCGGUCCUGCAAUUCCGGUGCAGCGCUCUAACCAACUGAGCUACAUGCAGAGGCCAAUAGACAACUUGCAUGUUAGACUAAUUUUUGAUUUAGGCAAAAAAUAAUAAAUUCCCGUAAAGAACUUAUUAAAAUCAGUAAAAUUGCAAAAUUUGGUUGCGAAAUGUUGUAAAAUACAGAAGAUAUAGCCUUGCGACGUUUGCAUAUUUUCAGUAUGUUUGUAUUACGUGCGAAAAUUGUUACCAUUUUUGAGCCGAAAAUGGCAACAAUUUCCGCACGUAAUACAAAUAUACUGAAAAUAUGCAAACUUCGCAAGGCUAUAUCUUCUGUAUUUUACAACAUUUCGCAACCAAAUUUUGCAAUUUUACUAAUUUCAGUAUGUUCUUUUUAACUGUUGUGUUUGAUUUCCUUCUCUUUACUUAGAUUAAAAUUUAGUCUAACAUGCAAGUUGUCCAUUGUCGAGCUCUAACCACAAGGCCGCAGAUUCGAUUCCUGCCAGGGAGCUAAAGUUACAUUUUUCGCAGCUGUUCCUGGAUAUAUAAAUGUAUAUAAAUUUCCACUCGAUAAUUUCCAUCUACAAAACACUUCAACUAACCAGAUGUUGCCAUUUUCAAAUUGUCGAUUUCACAAACGUUAUAGCUAGGAAUGUAGUCACACUCUUGAAUGUUUUGACACAAAAUUAUGACACUUGUUCAUGACACAAGGAUCCACGAUUUUGGUAAUACAUAUCUAUUAGGCUCGUGUUCAUACCAAUUUUUAGGAAUCCACAUUUUAAAAUCCUGGUGGGUUCGCAUUCUAACCCAGUCCUGGUGGCCUUGUAUUCUUUUAGAUCCAAUUAGUCUUUCUCACGCCAUGCGACAAUGCAGACCUUGUUCACCACUUGUGAGUGACAAACCGCACGGGGACAGUGAACGGUAACGAGCGAAGUGUAAAUUUAGUAAACAACACAGUACUACUCUUCAUAAGAACAGUUUGCAUUUCAUUCAAACAUUUCCCAAUCGCUCUUUCGCUUGUUGCUGUACGAUUUUCCACCUAACAUGACGGACAAGGCCGGGUUGCAUAGUGUGAGAAAGGCUAAUUUGCUACAUUCACUCGUGAAAUAGAUAGAACUUUAGUGAACUGUUAACUUGCUUGUUUUUAGGUGGCGAAAUUAGUUUCUGAGGAAUUUUUCUUGCAAGGAGAUUUAGAAAUGGAGGAGUUUAAGGAACAGCCAGCUGUAAGAUAUAUUGCACAUAUUACCAGACAUAUUAUCAUUAUAAUAAAUACAAAACAGUAGACACUCCAAAAAUUGUAAGCAUUUUUAUUCUGUACGUUUCGACUAUAAUUUAAGUCUUCUUCUUCUGAAGAAGAUUUAAAUUAUAGUCCAAACGUAAAGAAUAAAAAUGUUUACAAUUUUCGGAGUGUCUAUUGUUUUGUGUCUAUGGCAACCGCAAUAUUAACGGUUUAUUGACCGAGCGUGAGGUCUGUACUGUGAAAUAUCAGACCGAGGUUUUUUAGUAUGGACCGAGCGACGAAGGAGCGAGGUGCAUGCAAAAAACAGAGGUCUGAUAUUUCACAGUACAGACCGAAUAAACGAGGUCAAUAAUCGGUUUAUUAUAUGGCUGAACUGAGUCUGUGAGCAUAUGCUCUUCGCGCGAAUUAAAUCGGCUAUCGUCAGUUUCACUGGGUAACAAUAUACGGUAGGCAUGCAUGCUCAAUCAAAAACAAUUUGGUUGUUUGAAAUUUUUAUCUGUAAAGCACAAUUGGAAAUUUAAAAAGCAAAUAUUUUUUCUGUUUGCAAAGCAAAAAUUUCCCGCCAGAUAAACGACAUCCGGGACACCGGUCCAGAUACGGAAAAUAUGGACCACGGUCCGGAUAUGGGUUUUUACGGACCGCUUGUCAACCAAUCAGAAUAGAGAAUUUUGAAAAGCCAUAUAAUAAUAUCAUUUACAUUUCCUGAUUUCUUGAUUUUGCCAUGUUUGCGACCGAUAAAAUUAGACUACGGACUGGGCACGAGCGGGUUAUUCAAAGUCGAAUUUCCCGUUGAAGCGUGGUAAGCCUCAGAGCAUGAGUUGCCCGGAGCAUGGUAUUCGAUGAAAAGUAUUCUUUGAACAAGCUUAUUGUUCAUGUAAAAAUGCAACGUCAUUAUUACAAACAGUUUGGUCUGUUCCUAUUGUAUAUUAAAACAAAACAACCUAUAUACUAGAUUCUUAGAGACUAUAGUAUAGAGAUACUAACUUAAGCACUUCAGUAACGAUUUUUCUGUGUUGGUGUAAUGUACUCAGGUGAGUAUGAUGCUUGUGAUGUUACUCUGAGUGUAUAUCCACACCGGGCAAGCUUGAAAAAUAUGCCUGACCACGGUGGGGAUCGAACCUACGACCUUUGGAAUACUAGCCCAUCACAUACUCGAACCGAUCUGACCGCGUAGCUCAGUUGGCAGAGCAUUGGGCUAGUAUUACAAAGGUCGUAGGUUCGAUUCCCACCGUGGUCAGGCAUAUUUUUCAAGCUUGCCUGGUGUGGAUAUACACUCAGAGUAUCAUCACAAGCAUCAUUAAACACUUCAGUCUAUUAUCAUUGAAUGUGCAUCCCAUGGAAUGCGCUGUCCAUGCAUAUGAUUUAAAUUUCAUAAAAUUUAUGAGGCAUCUUACUUGCGAUAAUAAGUUCUAAUCUUGUCAUAUAGUUUUCCAACUUAACUGUAAUCCAACUUCCAUUCAACAGUUAUUAUUUGAUGGCGUGGAUGCUAAGUUGUAAGAAUAUUAAAGAUUGGAGUAGCAACGCAGGAGUUUGCAAUAGUACUAGCUGCAUUUCCAGACGAUAGUCAAUCUGAUAAGCUAAAUUACUAAACAUAAAGUAAACUACAUUAACUGAACCAUAUUUUCUCUAGGCUAUGAUGGAUAGAGGGAAGAAAGAUAAAUUACCAGAAAUGCAGAUUGGAUUUAUCGACGGAAUUUGUUUGCCAGUCUAUAAGGUUUGAAACUGUUGAUAAACAUGCUAUACGUGAUAUUUUUAUUCACGAAGAUGAUUUGAUCGUAAAUAUUGCCCAAAAUGUUUGGACAUCACCCUUCGCAUACUCUUAUACUGCACGUUUUAUAUCGUAAAUGUAUAAUCUUAUACAAAUCUGUCCGACAUUUUUAGGCAUUUGCGCUGCUGUGUCCAAACAUGCAACCUAUGCUUGAUGGAGUUCUAGAUAAUAGAAGACAUUGGCAAGAGUUAGCUGACACCCAAAAGAGAAAAAUGCAAGGUAUUGUGAAUGCUCUUAACGUAUAACUUGCUCCAAGAUAGAUAUUUCUACUAUUGAUUGUUGUCCGUUGAAGUAUAUAAUAUUGGAUUCAAGGGUGAAAGUGAAAAUAGAAUUUUUUGUACAUUUCCUUGUCUAUGUUUCCAGGGUUUUUCAGGACUUGAUGGCUACAUAGGCGGAUACUAGGUGGGGGGGGAGGGGCAGGGGGAACGAGCCCCCAAUAAUUUUGAAAGACUGUAAAAAUCUUGUACCAAAUAACAUAAAUCACACUGAUAUAACGUAGUUGUCAUAUGAAAUAAUAACUAUUUGAUAAAACGUAAGCUAAAAAAGUAAGCAAUAUACCAAACAAUGUAGUAAUAUAUGUUUCUAUACUGUACAUGUCACAACAUACGCAUUUAUAUUGUCACAACAUAUUCUUUUUGACGGAUACUAGGAGAUCAACUUUUUGCAACAGGCACUUCUUUAAAUGGCAUUGUCGAUUUUUUGUUGUUUUUGAAACUUAUACUAUAGUUUAGCUGUGAAAUUUCCUGCUGCACAAUAAUAAUUGAAUGCGUAUUAAACUAUUAUGCUCAAAAACAAUGGAUAAUUCAAUUAACAUUCCAAUUUUAUGUCAACAAAAACAAAAGCGUGCGCAGCGAAUAAAUUUCACUCACUUAGCGAAUAAGUUUUUUUUACAUUGUCAUUGGCGUGUUAAUUAAAUUAAACCAGCUUGCAAUUCCAUUCACAAAUGUUAAUAAUCAUGUAAAUAUUUUCUCUGAAAUGUUGGUUUUCUAUGCUUAGCAUCUGAUUUAUAUUAACUAAAUGCACCAUUAAAACAGUGUUUUGAAAACCUAGUUUUUUACAAAAUAUGUUCUCAGAAUGCUGCAAAUGCCAUUUCCGGGAUCCAAAUUUUUUGAUUUUUCCGUGCCUUGGGCACGAACCCCACCCCCACCCCCAAUAUUUCAUAAAGUGUCGGCCACUGGAUGGCUAGCUGGAUAACUGUAACAAAGCGGUAACAAUAAUGUUUCAACCAUCAAAGCCUUGAUAUGCCGCUACAAAUUAAGCUAUAUAUUACACGGAAUUCAAGGCAAAAAAGACCUAAGGUGGUCAUAUAUUGGUAGCCCCCCCCCCCCCCGAAUAUUUCCCGAAGUAUCCGCCAUUGUCAAACAUGAAUUCGUUAAAAAUAAAUUCGUUUCAGUUAAAUUUGUGACUUGGAAACCCAUGCGAGACCGCAAUUUAUAGCCAGAUUGGGGGAACUCGUGCAUUCCCACAUUUUCUUUGACUUUGGAACGCACUAUCAUCGCCCAAACGAAGUCAAACAAGGCAUGCUAGAAAUACAAUAGUUCCAUUAAUCUGUUUUUAAACUAUGGUAUUUAUUUCUUAAUGUCUGUAGAAAAUCAGCGAACAUAAUAGUUGCAAGAUUAGUUCAUGAAAGAAAAACAGUUAUCUACGAAUCUUGCAACGAAUCACAAGAAUGCAACGCCGCCCCAACAACUGUGACCAAUUUGCUCGCUUAGUUAGUAAAUGCUAUUGCUUUUUACAACACAAGUGCAUAAAGUAUCACACGCAGUAACAUUACAAACGGUGAUUGACAAGUAAAAUUCAUAGACCGCAGUUUUCUUGCAUGCACUGUGCUGUUUUUCUUGUAAGUGCUCUGGCGAAUUACAUCCUUUUUUAUUCCUGGACAAGCAUCGCCACACGAGUUGCAAGAAAUAUCGCAUGGUGUUACUGCAAGAGCAAUUUUACUCAUCGUUAUUUUCAGUCACUGUGGGUGCGUCAUUUUAAGCCCUUUUUCCACUAGGCGUAUUUGUUCGCGCGAAGCGAAGAACAAAUCUUUGUAAUGUGAUUGGUCAGCGAAGAAAUUCGCCGCGAAGAAGUUGGAUCAGUUCCUAUACUUUUUACUGUUCGCGGGAACAAAUUCGCCUGGUGGAAAAUGGGCUUAACUUACGUCUUCUAGUCCAAAUUUUUUGUUCUAGUCCAUUACAUGCACCGUUGUGUGUAGACAGUGCAAUAAUCUCAAAUUUCUCAAAUUGUUUGAGAUAAGUUAACGAACUACUUAAACUCAAAAUUUAUACAAAUAAAAAUAAACAUGGCUGCCGAGAGAGUGAGAUGAAUACAAAUCAACUUCAAAGGAAAUUGGUUACAUGAAAGUGUAAAGUCCUGUUGAAUAUGUGGUUUAGAGUUGACGAAUAAGAAGAUUUCAAUCCUGUUGUUGGCUCGUCAUCCGCGCUAAGACGCUAUGAAAUCUACUAUGAAAUCAAAAGCCUCUUAUUAAUAAAAUGAAAUCAAAAGCCUCUUAUUAAUAUUUUAUUCCUUUGGCGGCCAUGCUUAUUACAUUUGCGUAAAUUAUGCAAUAUCUGCUACACACGUAAAAACGCACAAGUUGUGACAAAUCUGUCCACAAGCUGUCGACAAGUUGUGUUCGCACUACUUUUUCCUAGUUGUUGUAACAAGUUUGAAACAAGCUGUUAACAACUUCUAACAAGCUUGAUGGCAUUAUCAGACUGGUAGCAAAGUUGUUCUAACAAGUCUGAUACAGUCAUGAUGAUAUAACAAGAAUGCUACAAGGUUGAUGACACAAGGUUGUAACAAUAUUGUUAUAUCAUGACUGUAUCGGACUUGCUGGAACAACCUUGCAACAAUGCGAUAAUAUCAACAAGGUUGUACAAGUUGUUAACAGCUUGUUCCAAACUUGUUGACAACUUGGGACAAGCAGUGCAAACACAACGUGUUGACGACUUGUUGGCAGACUUGUUAUACAAGAUGUGAGAUUUUUACGUGUGUAAGUCUUGUUGGACAAGAAAUUUGAGAUUAUUGCACAGUCAAUACACGUGAGUGUGUAGGGGACUGGUACACAGGCUACACGUUUUAACAGAGUUGUAACAGCAUAACACACCAAAUCGGUACUUGCAGAGAACUCAAAACCAGGACAACUAACUCGUAUUAAUGUAAAUUGUGUAAAUACAAAUUUGAGGAUGCAUUGAAGCGCAAUGCUAUUUGACAUAUGUAUAAUAUAGUGUAGUUAAAAAUAAAUAUAUUAACUUACAAAUCUUUGUUAAUGAAUCAGUUCAAAAUACACAACGGUUCUGGUUCCAUUCCCAUCGCACAACCCGGGAUGAGCGACUGGGGACAAGUCGGAUUUUAGGCAGCUAAUUCAAUAUUGUGUAUAAUGAGUAUAGGUAAUUGAAUUUGUAAAAAAUAAACUGAUCCC